UUCCUGACCUCAGCGACCUCGGCAGUUCGAUACAAGAUCAAAUAUUAAAAAAUUGUUAAAGAUGGGACGUGAUAAAGCAACAAACCAGCUCAAGGAUUACGAGAAAAAAAAUAAUGGAACUGAUGUCCUGACUACAGGUCAUGGUGCUCCAGUCGCGGAUAAAAUAAAUUCUAUAACUGCAGGACCUAGGGGACCAAUCCUUCUCCAGGAUCAUGUUCUAAUUGAAGAGCUGGCCCACUUUGACCGUGAGAGGAUUCCUGAAAGAGUUGUUCAUGCAAAGGGAGCUGGAGCAUUCGGAUACUUUGAGGUUACCCAUGAUAUAUCCAAGUAUUGCAAAGCAGCAGUAUUUGAUGCUAUUGGUAAACAGACCCCUGUAGCGGUCAGAUUCUCAACUGUUGGAGGAGAGAGUGGGUCAGCUGAUACUGCCAGGGAUCCCCGAGGGUUUGCUGUGAAAAUGUAUACUGAGGAGGGAAACUGGGAUAUUGUUGGAAAUAAUACUCCAAUAUUCUUCAUCAGAGAUCCUUUACUGUUCCCCAGCUUUAUUCAUACACAGAAAAGGAAUCCAGUCACACAUCUCAAGGAUCCUGAUGCGUUCUGGGAUUUUAUCUCCUUGAUGCCGCAAACUACUCACCAGGUUUCAUUCCUCUUCUCAGAUAGAGGAACUCCAGUUGGAUACAGACAUAUGAACGGUUAUGGAUCUCACACCUUCAAACUGGUAAACAGUGAUGGGAAACCAGUCUAUUGUAAAUUCCAUUUUAAAACUGAUCAGGUAAAAAUGUUAGGCCCGAUAGGUUCAACCGUUUUGGCGUCUAAUAUUAGAUACAAACGGAAAUUCAGGGAUCUAUAUAAUUGUAUUGCUGGAGGAGAGUUUCCCUCCUGGACUAUGUAUAUUCAAGUAAUGAGUUUCAAGCAAGCUGAAAACUGGACCUUUAAUCCUUUUGAUUUAACCAAGGUUUGGCCCCAAGGUGAAUUUCCUCUACUUCCUGUUGGUAAACUAGUUCUCAACAGGAAUCCUCAAAACUAUUUUGCAGAAGUUGAACAAAUAGCAUUUAGUCCUGCUCAUCUAGUUCCUGGUAUAGAACCAAGUCCAGAUAAGAUGCUGCAGGGUAGACUUUUCUCGUACAACGAUACUCACAGACACAGGCUCGGACCUAACUUUGAUCAGAUUCCGGUCAACUGUCCCUACAGGGCUAAUGUCAGGAACUAUCAGAGGGAUGGACCAAUGACUGUUCUGGGAAAUCAAGCUGGAGCACCAAACUACUUUCCAAACUCAUUCUCAGGACCAAACCAAACCAGACGAGGGGAGAUGGUAGAGUUCCCUGCUACAGGAGAUAUUGGUAGAUAUAACUCUACUGAUGAAGAUAACUUUACACAAGCUGGUGUAUUCUGGAGAAAUGUUCUCAAUGAUGAUGAGAAAGAGCGUUUAGUUGAUAAUAUUUCUUCACAUCUCUGCAAUGCACAGAAAUUCAUUCAGGAUCGAGCAAUCAAGAACUUUAGUUGCGUGGAUCCUGAAUAUGGAAGAAGAAUUCAAGAAAAUAUUAACAGGAGAACUAAGAGAAGUGAAGGGAAUAUGGUUCAUCAGUCUAAUCUGUAGUUUGAAUAUUACAGUCUAUGUACUGAGUUAACCACAGAUCCAUUUAUGCAUUUAUCAAAUAUUUAUCAAUAUAAUCUAAAAACAUUUAUUCAACUUUACAAUGGGAAACAUCCUAAUAAAGUAUAAUUAUUUAA